GUGGCCAGUCCAAAGGGUCCACACUAACCCGGCCACUGGGGUCAGGCAAGCACACCAGGAGGAGGACAUCGCACUGCAUCAUUAUCAAAUCCCACACCACUUCUUCACCAUGGCUCAGCAAGUCAGUUAUUUCUCACCUGGUCCUGCCAAAAUCCCACACGAGGUGUUGGGUCAGCUGCAGGAGGAGUUAGUUCAUUAUAAGGGCACUCCUGUCAGCGUCAUGGAACUCUCCCAUCGCUCCAAGGACUUCGGCAACAUUAUUGACGCCACCGAGAAAGUCGUUAGAGAGUUACUAGGUGUACCAGACAACUAUCGGGUGUUGCUGAUGCAUGGGGGAGGCACUGGACAGUUCGCCGCUGUACCUCUCAACCUUAUGUCCAGGACUGGUAAGGCGGACUACAUCGUCACAGGGUCGUGGUCAUCAAAGGCAGCGCAGGAGGCAGCCAAGUACGGUACCGUGAACUGUGUGUUGCCUAAGAGUGAGCGUUACACCGGCGUCCCUGACAGAUCCUGCUGGAAGUUGGACCCAGAAGCCUCUUAUGUCUACUACUGUGACAACGAGACAGUCGAAGGUGUGGAGUUCCAGAGUGUACCUGACGUCCCAGAAGGUGUGCCGCUAGUCUGUGAUGUGUCCUCCAACUAUUUCACCAGACCUAUCGACGUGUCUAAGUUUGGCCUUCUAUACGGAGGAGCUCAGAAAAAUAUUGGGUGUGCAGGUGUGACCCUGGUGAUCGUGAGGGAAGACCUGAUAACUAACCCUCUGCCAGUGUGUCCCACUGUUCUUGAUUAUACCGUUAUGGCCAAGAAUAAGUCGCUGUACAACACGCCGCCAACAUUUCCGAUUCACGUAAUGGGGGAGGUGUUGGCCUGGGUUAAGAAAGAAGGAGGUGUGAAGGAGAUGGAGCGGAGAUCUGUAGAGAAGAGUCGGAUGAUCUACUCCAUAGUGGACGAGUCUAAUGGGUUCUACAGCAGUGUGGUCACCCCCAGCAGUAGGUCUCGGGUGAAUGUAGUGUUCCGCGUGGGUGAAGACGGCGGGAACGAGGAGCUGGAGACGAAAUUUGUGGACCAAGCGACACAGUGUGGCCUUCUCUCUCUCAAAGGUCACAGAUCGGUUGGAGGAAUACGAGCUUCUCUCUACAACGCCAUUACUGUUGAUGAUGUCCACCGCUUGGCUGAAUUCAUGAAGAAAUUCCUACAAGAAAACAAAGUCUAAUUGCAUUAACAUUUUUCUUACAUUCAAAGGUUAAUUUGUUUAUUUGUCUUAGUUUUGUUUGUUGUAUUUGUUAUUAUUGAUAUAUAAAUUGUUGAUUUUUA